CCACGUAUAAUAGCAUCGACACCCAUCCUUAACCGGGACAUCACGCAGAAUAUUCCAGCUCAACAGCAGACGAGUUUAAACCAACAAUAUGUCUGACGAGGGAAAACUGUUCAUCGGCGGACUCAGCUUCGACACAACAGAGCAGUCCCUUGAAGAAGCGUUCUCUAAGUAUGGGGCCAUCUCAAACGUUUACGUUGCCAGACACCGGGAAACCCAGGACCCGCGUGGUUUUGGUUUCAUCACAUUCGAGAACCCAGAAGACGCGAAAGAUGCAUCGGCGGCAAUGAAUGGACAGUCUGUGGACGGUAGAACGAUCCGCGUGGACAAGGCUACGAAGCCCGGAGGCGGAGGAGGUUACCGCGGUGGCGGUGGCGGAGGGUAUGGAGGCGGCGGCAGCGGAGGGUAUGGAGGCGGCGGUGGAUAUGGAGGCGGCGGCGGAUAUGGAGGCGGCGGCGGCGGCCGUAGCUCAGGUGGAGGCGGAGGCUACAGCCGGGACCAGUCUGGCGGAUAUGGGGACCGGUGGUGAGAGGGCUAGGGCCGCUAAGCUGUUGUCGACAAGAUUUCAGCCUGCUCCCUCUUCAACACCUAACAAAGAAGCCCUCUGCAAAAAAAACAAUUGUUCAAGUUCUCUCUUUCUCGUUUUCUUGGCGAUUUGCUAUUCGAUGUUGAAUUUACUUGCGUGCAUCUUUCUUUAAUGGGUAAACACAAAAAGGGGGGGAUGUUAAGCUUCUGGCAGUAAAGUCAACAGCGAAUCUGCCUCGUUGUCGGCUUCAGUUAAUUUGAGGCCAAAUCUUUGUCUUUACCCAGUGGAAUCAGGCAGCCUCGUGUAAGAAUUCACGAAGAAUUUUUUUUUUAAUGUACUAAUUCCGAACAGUUUUGCUCCGUCUAGUUCUUGGUCUCCGAGAUAUCUAUGAACAUUGUUCAAUGUCCUUACGAUUACUCAAACUUUUGUAUAUGUAUUGUAAAUGCUACUUUCUAUGUCGAUCUGAAGAAUAAAGUAUAAACAGUAAAAAAAAAAA